AUGUUAAAAUACAUCUUCUGCUUAGACACAUCUCUUCCUGAAGACGUUCAGAUAUCUUCAAUGUCUGCAAGAGGAUUUUACAUUAUUACUUAUACCCUAUCUUUCAUAGCUUUGGGCUAUUACGACAACCAACUUCUGGAAGCGAUCCAUGAUUACCAUAUAACCUACCUUGUACUGUACUGUUCCUUACUAAUAUCCUCAACAAUACUCUUCUUCACAGCAGGCACGAACUGAGGCUACCUCAGGGAUUACCCUACUGAAGACCUAGUGCAGGGCAAGGAGUACCAGACCGGCUACUUUGUUAAUGGAAGACAUGUUGUUAAUAGGGAUAGCAUAGAGGCAGCAGUUGAAGAGCACAAGCAAGAGUCUGAUGCUGUUUUUGAAGUAGCUAAGGAGGCUAAUGACUCACAGAUAGGGGUUCAGACUCAAGGAGAUGAGGAAACUGAGGAGAGAGUGUCAGAAGUUGAGCUAAAGAGCAGGAUUACAGGAAUUGAGCAUAUUUCGCCAUUUGAAAUUCCUCCUAAAAGAUAUUGAGAAGAAUGAAAAGUUACUCAGCCGUACAGGACUAAGCAUUGAAGAGAUUGUAAAACCUGUGUGAGGAAAUAUGAUCAUCAUUGAUUUUGGAUUGGAGGAUGAGUUGGAGAGCUAAAUCAUCGAAAAUUCUUUGCAUUUUUAGUCAUUAAAACUUUCUCUCUGGUGAUGUCAUUUGAUAUAGCUGUCAGUGGGUACGACCGUGCUGUCAAAAUUGAUGAACUAAAGCAACAGUUUCAUGUAAAAGCUAUAUUUAUUUUCUUAAUCUGAUUAACUGUUAUGUUCUUUUUCUUCACCGCAAUUCUCCUUUUCUAUCAUUUUUUCCUUCUGAUGACAAAUCAAACAACAUGGGAGCAUUCGAAAAAGACAUCAAUUAGUUAUCUAAAAGUUUAUCCUAGAACAGUCUUCCCAUUUGAUUAUGGCAUCUGGAACAACCUAAAGAUGACUUUAUGGCAUGGGAACAAGACUAGAGAGUGGACUCUUCGCCAUCCAGAUCUCCUCCGCACGAGAGAAGGAUUCAACUACUUUGAAAAUGAAUACUAUAAUUGUUGCUAAAUUAUUCCACCAGAGGGAAGUUUCAA